AUGGCUUCUUUGUCGCUGAAAGAGAAGCUGGACAAGAUCCGGUCUCCGAACCUGCAAAGUCAGAAGCAGACCGCCAGCGUUCUCGAAGGCGUCGAGUCCGCCUUCAAAGAACGCAACACUGAGCCGACCCCAACCGCCUACUUCGCCGCACUCCUCAGCCUCCUCGACAACAAGUCCCUCGCCCACCCCGUCGUCUACCUCCUCGAUGUUGUAACCCCCUACGCCCCCGAGCCCCUCCUCCGCGCCAAGUUCACCCAGAUCCUCACCCUCCUCGCGCCCGUCCUCUCCCAGCCCGACGCCGAUGCCCCCCUGAUCCGCUCGUCCAUCGGCUGUCUCGAGGGCCUGCUUUUGGCCCAAGAUGCGGCCGCCUGGGAGAUGAGCGCCGCCGUCAUCGGCCCGCGCCGUGCCGUCGGCGGCUUGUUGAGUUUCUCGCUUGAUCCGCGGCCCAAGGUGCGCAAGCGGGCGCAGGAAGCGCUGCGCAAGAUCCUUAAGAGCCCGCCUCCAAGCCCGUCGCUCGACCACCCGGCUGCUGCGAUGUGCGCCGAGACGGCUAUCAUGAGCUUGAACGCCCUGGCGGAGAAGACGGCGCAGCUGCGCAAGGAGAAGAAGGGGUCUGAGGCGGUGCAUGAUCCGGAGUUGAUCCAUGCGCUGCAGCUGGUCAAGACAGUUGCGUCGGCGAGCGGGGGGUGGCCGAGUAAGAAGAUUGAGUCGCUAUGUGAGUUGUUGUUGGGGAUUGCGCGGUCUGGGAACGAGCACAUGAGCAUGGCUGUGUUUGAUAUCUUUGAGAUGAUCUUUGAGGGGAUGGCGGCGGAUGAGGUGGCGUCGUCUAAGCUGCCGCGGCUGCUGGAGAUCAUCAAGGAGUUGCGUCCUGCGCCUAAUGAUACCCAGCUGCUUCCGCCGUGGAUUGCGAUUUUGUCGAGGGCGUACGAUGUGUCGGCGCAGAUAUCGCCCGAGGAGACGUUCCAGGAGCUGUUGGAGCCGUUCAACAUGGUGGCGGGGUAUCUGGAGUCGCAGGCGAAGAACAUCCGGAUCUCGGCUUCGGAGUGCUUGGUGUCGUUCAUGGCGAAUUGUGUACCCAAGCAGGUGCUCGUCGAUCCAUCAAUAUACGACGAGAAGGUUAUUCAGCAGCUGGUUACCACAGCGGAGAGCCUGCUGACGGUCAAGUUCCAAGCGGCGUGGCUAGAGACGUUCAAUGUCAUUGGCGCCAUGUUUGAUGGUCUGCGCUGGAGGGCAGCGCCGUACCUGCUGGCUAUUACUAAGAGCAUUGGCGAAAUGCGCGGGAGCGACUCGUUUACGGGAAAACAGGAGGCCGAUGAGGUACUUGGGAAGGCGAUUCAGGCUAUGGGACCGGAGGCGGUGCUGGAGGUUCUACCCCUGAACCUGGCCAAGCCAGCGAAGGGCCAACCGGGGAGGGCGUGGAUGCUCCCGCUCCUGCGUGACUACACAUCCAACACCAACCUUGGGCACUUCAAGAGCGAGUUCGUGCCCCUGAGCGCGGCCAUGUUCCAGCGUGUGCUAGACCACGGCGCCGCGGCCAAGACGAUGGAGGUCAAGAUUUUCGAGACGGUUGUGCAGCAAAUCUGGUCGAUUCUACCAGGAUACUGCGAUUUGCCACUGGACCUCACGGAGGCGUUCGACAAGGAGUUUGCCGAGAUGUUGACCACUCUGCUCUACGAGCAGGUCGAGCUGCGCUUGGAUGUCUGCCGCGCCCUCAAGGCACUCGUCGAGUCGAACCAAGCGAUCGCCACGGCCACAGAAGAAGAGGACGAGCCCAUCUUGCAUAGUAGGGUUACUAGGGAGACGGCGCAAAAGAACCUCGAAUACCUCGGGGCUACCUUCUCUGCGGAUUUUCUAGCUGUGCUCUUCAAUGUGUACAGCACGACGCUGCCGCAGAAGCGGGGGCCAGUGCUGCAGACCAUCAACUCGUACCUCAGCAUCAUCCCGCCAGCGCGUCUUAUGGAGACGUUUGAUCUAGUGUGUGAGAGGCUAGCGGCGGCGCUCCAGGAGCCGGUCGAGAAACCCAAGAACCAGAACGGCGAGCAGGUGCCGUCUACCGCGCACACGCUCAUGGACUUGGUUGUUACCAUGUCGAUUUACCUACCCAGGGAGAGCUUCGAGGCGCUCUUCAAGAUCGCGUCGCUCGUUAUUUUCAAGGACGACGACCCGCAGCUCCAGAAGAAGGCUUACAAGAUGAUCCCGAGGUUGGCAGACUCGGACAUUGGUAAAGCUGCGCUGGAGCAAAGGCAUGCGGAACUUCAAACCCUCAUCCUGUCGAGCGCCGAGAAGGUGUCUUCCCCGGCCCGGCGCGAGCGUCUAGCAGCCAUCACUGCUCUGCUGCCCUUUAUCCCGGACACCUCGCUUCACUUCAUCCCUGCGGUCCUUUCCGAAGUAGUCAUCAGCUGCAAGGAGAACAACGAGAAGGCCCGGACGACAGCCUUCGACCUGCUCGUGCUAAUGGGCCACGUCAUGGUGGCCGCAGACGGCGCGGUCAUCGACAACAGCAAAAUCCCCCACAUGUCCAAGGACGCGCCAACGGCCAAGGCCUCGAUCGAGGAGUACUUCACCAUGGUCAGUGCCGGGCUCGCAGGCAGCACCCCACACAUGAUUUCGGCCUCCAUCACAGCCAUCACGCGCGUGCUCUACGAGUUCCGCGAGCUGCUCAGCAAGGAGACCAUGUCCGACCUCGUGCAAACAAUGGACCUGUUCCUAACCUCCAACAACCGCGAGAUUGUAAAAAGCGUGCUGGGCUUCGUGAAAGUGUGCGUCAUCAGCCUGCCAGCCGAACUCAUGCUCCCACGCCUACCAACCCUAAUCCCCAACGUCAUGGUCUGGAGCCACGAACACAAGGGCCACUUCCGCUCCAAAGUCAAGCACAUCCUGGAGCGCAUGGUCCGACGAUUUGGCGUCGACCUCGUCAACAAGCACUGUCCCGAAGCCGACCGCAAACUGAUCACCAACAUCCGCAAGACCAAAGAGCGCAGCAAGCGGAAGAAGGAGGCCGCCAAGGAAGGCGACGGUGAAUCCGACGGCGAAGGCGGCCGCCGCAAGAGCCGUUUCGAAAGCGAGUACGACCAGGCACUAUACAGCAGCGAAGACGAGGACGACGAAGCUGGCCACGGUGACGACCACUCCGACGACUCCGACGCCGAAAUGACAGGCGGCCGCAAACAGCAGAACCGCCGCGGCGGGAGCGGGGGAGGCUCGGCCUACAUCCUCGAAGACGAAGACGAACCGCUCGAUCUCCUCGACCGUAACGCGCUGGCCAACAUCUCCACCACCAGACCGGGGAAACUGAGACAAGUUGGCAGCGACCGUCGCAAGACCAAAGCCAGAACCAACCUUGAUGGGAAACUCAUCCUUGGCGGGGACGACGAGGAUGCUUCUGCCGGGGCGAUGGACAUUGAUAGCGCGCCAGGCGGAGGCGAGGAAGCGAGCGGGGUCGGGGCAUAUGUGGCUGCGCUAAGGGGGAAGGAUGUACCGCGGCGUGGUUUGCGCGGGAAGUUGAAGUGGAAUCGGAGUAGGAAGGGUGGGGAAGAUGAUGAUGAUGAUGAUGAGGAUAAUGGUGGUGGUGGUGGUGGUGGUGGUGAUGGGAUGGAUGUUGAUGAGGGUGCUGCGGCUAAGGCGUUCCGGGAUAACAGGCCUCGUGGGGGAAGUGGAGGUGGAGGUGGUGGACGCGGGCGAGGUGGUGGUGAUGCGAGGGGACGGGGUGGGUUUGGGAGAGGUGGUGGUGGACGAGGUGGACGGGGUGGAAAAGGCGGGAUUGCGGCUGCUGCUGGACGGAGAGGGUUGGGACAGGAGAAGAGGAGGGGUGCGGCGACUCAUGGGAGUCGGGUGAAUAAGGGGGGGAAUAGACGGUGA